UUUCUAUCUCAUCAGCAAGCUACCAGCGUGAAAAAAAAAUAGUUUCAGUUAUAGUUUUUACUCUGUGUGUUGAUUCGCAAUGGUGUCCGAAAGAAAUUGAAAUGAAGUGAUAGAAAUUCAAAUAACUCCAAUCGAGUGAAAACUUAACUCCCUCAAUUUCCAGAAAUGUUGCAGUGCAUUUUCCUUCUCUCCGAUUCCGGAGAGGUAAUUCUCGAGAAACAACUCACCGGUCACCGUGUUGAUCGCUCCAUUUGUAACUGGUUCUGGGAUCACGCCAUUUCUCAACCCGAUUCCUUCAAACAACAACCUGUGGUUGCUUCUCCUACGCAUUAUCUUUUUCAAGUUUUUCGUGAAGGGAUCACUUUUUUGGCUUGUACUCAAGUUGAAAUGCCGCCUUUAAUGGCUAUUGAGUUCCUUUGUAGGGUUGCUGAUGUGAUCAAUGAUUAUCUUGGGGGAUUGAAUGAAGAUUCGAUUAAAGAUAACUUUGUUAUUGUCUAUGAGCUGCUGGAUGAAAUGAUAGACAAUGGGUUCCCACUAACUACAGAACCUAAUAUCCUGCAAGAGAUGAUAGCUCCGCCAAAUAUUGUUAGCAAAGUUUUGAGUGUUGUGACUGGGAACAGCUCCAAUGUGAGUGACACACUUCCUGGGAGUACAGCAUCUUGUGUUCCUUGGAGAACGGCUGAUCCUAAGUAUGCCAAUAAUGAAGUUUAUGUAGAUCUUGUUGAACAAAUGGAUGCAACAAUAAACAGGGAUGGUGUUCUGGUGAAAUGUGAGAUCAAUGGCGAGGUUCAAGUAAACUCCCACAUCACAGGUCUACCUGAUUUAACUCUUUCAUUUGUGAAUCCUUCACUCCUUGAUGAUGUGAGGUUCCAUCCCUGUAUUAGAUUUCGGCCUUGGGAAUCCAAUCAAAUUCUUUCAUUUGUGCCUCCUGAUGGACAAUUUAAGCUAAUGAAUUACAGAGUUAGGAAAUUGAAGAGCACCCCAAUAUAUGUAAAGCCACAGUUGACUUCAGAUGGUGGGACAUGUCGUCUUAGUGUAAUGGUUGGCAUGAGAAACGAUCCUGGAAAGACAGUUGACUCUGUUAGCGUUCAGUUUCAGCUUCCUCCUUGCAUCUUAUCUGCCGAUCUGACUUCAACUCAUGGAACAGUAAACAUUCUUUCUAACAAGACAUGCACUUGGUCCAUUGGUCGGAUCCCAAAGGAUAAAGCCCCUUCAAUGUCUGGAACACUAGUGCUCGAGACUGGUAUGGAACGCCUUCACGUCUUUCCUACAUUUCAAGUGGAUUUUAGGAUUAUGGGUGUUGCCCUCUCUGGUCUGCAAAUAGACAAACUGGAUCUGAAAACUGUACCCUACCGUUUCUACAAAGGCUUUCGAGCUCUUACCCGAGCAGGUGAAUUUGAAGUCAGGUCAUAGUUUUGCAUGACUAUUAAGUUAUCUGAAAGUUGUCUUGAUUCUGAACAUGAAAUUUGCAUGUACAUGGCUGGUUCAAUUUGUAAUGUAAGUUGAUAUGUUUUAUUGUGGUUUCAAAUUACUUUAGUAGUGAUUGAGCCAUGUCCCGGUUACCUGAAUUAUCAUGGUUUCCUGAGAGCCAUAAUUCUUCUGUAUUUUGAAUUCAUUGAAUAUUGGCAUUAGUGAGAAAUAGUGAUUUUUAGGCUUUGAUUGCAGUUAAAAUUUUGACAUUUAACACCA